UAAGAACGUGCACCCAGGGAAGCUCUGAAUCAGGCUAUUACCCAUUUCAAGUUUCUUUCCAAAGAAUAACCAUUCUUUCUGACUAUUUAGGCAAGUUAGCUGCUUAACUCAUUGAACCUGCUUUGUGGUGUCGUCUUUUUUUCUGCCUGCUGGAAUUCCCUUAUGAACCCUGACAUGUCUGGUCCUACCUGGCUGCCUCCGAAGACUCCGGGUAGCCCAGAGAGACCCGUCCCCCAGAUGUCCGACUCUGGAUCAGCCGUGUACAGACAGCCGCCCAAGAAGGUCUCCUUGGACACCCGGCCCAAGUAUGUGGUCCAUGGCCAGAUCACAGGAGGAGGAGGAAUGGCCACUAGGUACAUGCUUACUGGCUCCACAGCUGGGCCCAUGCAGCACCACCAAGAGGACCCAAGGUUUCACCCUAAAUCUAAUGACCUCUACUACCAACCAUCUCCCCACGGUCUCAAAGAAGACCAGUCCUUGAACCCUCAUAUGGACCGAUUCCAGCUGAUGCACUGGGUAACUCCUGAGAAGCUGGUUGGACACCACUCCGACAGUGAUGCAGAGAUUGACUCACUCACCUGCAUGCUGACUGAUCAGGACAGCGACUCACUAAAGGGCACACAGCUGUACGACAAUGUGCCUUACAACAAAUGCAUCUCGGGGGACCGCUACAAACCCUCAGCCCAGCCAGAAGCCCCAUCUCAGGCAGAGCUGUCUAUGGGUUUCCCACCUCAGUCCACGAACCAUCCUACACCCCCAAACCCCAGUGAUCCCCACCAGGGUCUCCAGUACUUCCCCCAGCCAGACGACAAUGACACCCAAGUCUCCAAACGCUACCCCCAGCCUGUCCCUGCCUCCUACACUACCGCCUCCACCCCUACUGGCCCGAAGUUCAGUGUCCAGGUCAAAACAGCCCAAACUGUCACCUACUUCCAGACUGGUAGGCAGGCUUGCACCCCUCCCCCACACCACCAGCAUGCAUUGCAGUCCCUGCCCAAGAAUCAGACUGGCCCCCAGGGCUGGUAUCCUCCCCAACCUGCUUUCCAAGCCCAGGAGCUGCACUCUGAGAGGUGUUACAAGGCGAGUGCCGCAGGGUUUGGAGGGAGAGCUACCCAGUGCCCCACAUCCAAUAGAGGCCCAGAGACUCACCAAUCAGGGUCAGGCUCGGCACCAAGCUCCGCCUAUCGGCCCAGCAAGCAGGGGACAGCAGCUCCGAGGCCAGAGGAGGAGUUGGACCAGCUAACUAAGAAGUUGGUGUAUGACAUGAAUCAUCCCCCUACAGAGGGAGACUUUGGUUGCUGUGCACGUUGCGGCGACAAAGUCCUUGACGACGGCAGCGACUGUAUCACCAUGGAGCAGGUGUUUCAUGUGGAUUGUUUCACCUGUGUCACCUGCCACGAUCAUCUCCGGGGGCAACCGUUCUAUGCCAUUGACAAGCAGAGCCACUGCAGGAGCUGUUAUAUUAGUAUCCUAGAGCGCUGUUGCAUGUGCUCCAAGCCCAUACUGGAUCGUGUCCUGUGGUCCAUGGGCAAUGCCUACCACCCACGCUGCUUCAACUGUGUGGUGUGUGGCUGCUGCCUGGACGGCGUGCCCUUCACCGUGGAUGCCACCUACCAAAUCCACUGUAUAGAUGACUUCCACAGGAAGUUUGCCCCUCGCUGCUCUGUGUGUGGCCUUGCCAUCAUGCCCGGACCGGGCCAGGAGGAAUCAGUCAGUAUAGUGGCGCUGGACCGCAACUUCCACGUGAACUGCUAUGUGUGUGAGGAGUGUGGUCUGCUCCUGUCGUCUGAGGGUGAGGAGCGAUGCUGUUACCCCCUGGACGGUCACAUUCUGUGUAAGGGCUGCAGCGCCCAGCACAUCCUGAACCCCUCUGCUAAAAUCUCCACUGACUGCUAACCAAGAAGUUGCCUCUGACCUUUUAACCAAUGACCCUCAACCCUUCCAUUACUCUCACCUGCUCUGGGGUAAAAGUUGCCCUAAAGAACAGAUCUGGAAUUAGUUCUACCCCUCUGAUUGAUAA